AUGGACAACACGCAGCAACACUAUCCGCCUGAGCACUUGAGCUCCUGGUCAAGGCCAGAUGCAAAGGUGGCCAUUCCACGACUACAAAACAUCAACUACCACUUGCCUGCUACAGCGCGACCUCAGCGUCCCCGGACCGACGUAGUGAGCAAAGCCUGUACGCAGUGCCGUAAGCGAAAAAUCAAAUGUUCCGGUGACCGGCCGCGCUGUACCAACUGCCAGCGCCAGGGGAAGGACCAUGCGUGCCACUAUGAACAGGAGCGCAAAGACCGCCUCCGAGGCGCGUUACGCAAGGUGCAGAUUCUGACAGAGCUCUUGAACGAUGUUAGUAGCCAACUGGAUGAGAAAGGCAAGAAUAAAAUCCAAGAAGUACUGGCGUCUUUUGAAGACGACACACCUCUUCCCCAAACCCCCUCGGUA